AUGAUAGGAUCCUUUCUUACCUGGGCGCUUGCGAUGGUCUUUGGCUAUGCUUAUCCAGCUUAUGAAUGCUAUAAAGCGGUUGAAAAGAAUAAGCCGGAAAUUGAACAACUUCGCUUUUGGUGCCAGUAUUGGAUUUUGGUGGCUGUUUUGACAGUAUGUGAGAGGGUUGGUGAUACUUUUAUAUCAUGGGUCCCAAUGUAUAGUGAAGCUAAGUUGGCAUUUUUCAUAUUUCUUUGGUACCCCAAAACUAAGGGAACAACGUAUGUGUAUGACUCCUUCUUCAGACCAUAUGUUGCAAAACAUGAGACAGAAAUUGAUCGCAACUUGUUGGAACUGAGGACAAGGGCAGGGGACAUUGCAGUUUUGUAUUGGCAAAGAGCUUUCAGUUAUGGUCAGACUAGAAUAUAUGACAUUUUGCAAUUUGUUGCAGCACAAUCGACUCCAGCACCUCGUCCUGCUCAGCAACGCCCAGGUGUGAGGGUCCGUCAACAAGCAACUGCAAAUCGCCAACCAGCUGUUGCAACAGAACCACAAGUUGAGGAACCUCCAUCUCCUACCUCUAGCACAUCUUCGAGUCAACUCCAGAGGGAAGUAGCAGAGGAAUUGGAUUCUCCAAAAGCUCCUAAAGCAGCCACAUCUGCAACAGGUUUAAGUAACCAGAAGACUCCUUUAGCAGGCUUAAGUGGUCAGAAAUCUGGUGGACCCGGUUUGAGUAAUCAGAAGUCUGGGGGAGCUGGUUUGAGUACGCAGAAGUCUGGAGGAGCUGGUUUGAGUACUCAGAAAUCUGCUGGACCUGGUUUGAGUACUCAAAAGUCUAAUGUUGCGCCUGAAACAAGCAUCCAAUCUGCACCAGCAGAGGCAGAGCCCAAACAGAUUGAAGUAGCAGCAGUACCGUCUUCGUCCUCUUCAGUAGAUGAAAAUGGGAAUCCUCCUACUCCUACAAAAGAGACCGUAAUGGAAGAAAGCAUUCGGGUUACACGUGGCAGACUAAGAAAAACCCGAUCAGCAGGAACUCGCUAG